AUGUGGAAAAGACCCUUGACUGUAGACUCGACACGUGACUCGCAUUCUUUGAGGAUCUGGUCUUGGCUCAGGUCCUUGAGCACGUCGCUCAGGUCCAUGGCGUUUUCCUCAUCCAAUUUGCCGAGGAUUUUCUCAAACAAGAUCUGCGAGUUGGUCAGCAUCAGGUUGCUUUUGCACAGCUGGAUCUUGGUCAGCUCGUACUCUUUCUCCAUGAGCUCCGACUUGGUAUCAAUAUCUGCGUCGUACACCUGGACCUUUGAUUUCAGGGAGUCCAGCGACUGCUGCAGUUCUUUUAAUUUGCAACCGUUUUCUGUCAGCGAUGUGUCAAACUGUUGCAACUCCUGCUUGCAAGUAUCUGUUUCUGAUCUGAUAUCUUUGAGUUUGUCAAAUUCGGUUCUAAUAGCUUGGCGACACGAUUUCAUCUUUGCCUGGAAAUGUGCAACCUUCUCGUCAAUGAGCGAGAAGUUCUUGGCCAUCAACUCAUCAAACGUCAUACACAUUCUGUCCUCCUCCUGUUGCAGACGGAUCGACACGUUGUAG